AUGGACGCAGUCUGCUGUUACGUCGAUGGCCAACCCAAGUCAUAUGAUAAAUACCUAGGCCCGUUGGCUGGAGCAUUGCGGUCGGCAGUCAAUCGCCAUACCGGUUACACCCCAAAUCGUCUAAUGCUGGGUCGUGAAGUGAAUAUUCCAGCAACCUUUAUAUACGCUCCAUCGCCUUCCACGUCUUUUAAAAAUAGGGAGGAGGGUGAGGUUGACCGGUAUUUACAAGAUCUAGAUGUUCAGAGCGCACAUGACAUUGCCCAUCAGUUGCCAGGACAGUCAGUAGAACGAGAUGGGGAUAGUUCUCUUGUAUACAACGUGGCUACGCCGCUGGGGACCGUGGACUCAGGAAUAAGUCCUGAGAGCCCAGGGGUGGGGUCGAAUCCUAAAGGGAUAAUGGUGCAGUGUGACAGCUGCCGAGAAUGGUUUCAUCCAGAGCGUGUGGGCAUUAGUGAGGAUUAUGCUAA